CUGGCUUAACAUUCGUGUCGACCAAUCACCAGACUGCACUAACGAUGACGUCGUACGGUGGACCGCGAAUCGCGUUGCAUUUGUCGCCCGUAGUAUUUAAGUUCUAUGUUAAUUUUUUAUUCGGCCAUUACAUUCUUUGCUCUCACGCAACCAACAUCUUUCAUUCAUCACUCCAAAACCUCAAACCUCAUCAUUCAUCAGCUUGCUUACGAAAGCCACUCACCGCUGCUGCUACAUUUUGAUCCUUCGACACCGCAUACUAAUUUGGACGACGCCGUAUCCUGCUUUUUGGCCUAUACAUUCGCCAAACCGCUACAAGAUCGUCGAGCGACCUUUGGACCGUGGACCCCUGCACGUGGCGGAUCGAGUUGAAAACGCUGUAAUCGGGACAAGAUUUGAGGAAAUAAGCUGCCUGACGGACAACUGGGGCCCAAAGAACUAUUUGGAGGCCAAGCGCAUAUCGGAACUGCAGUUUUGGUGGAAUUUCAUCGAUCAUCACACGCAAUCGGUGGGGCCAAUCCUUACUCUUUUCCUUCACCUCCUAAUCUAUUGGUGCUAUACUGUGUCUGUAUUCUAAUUUCAGUGGAAUUACUGCAGUGUAUUCUCGGAAUAUCGUGAUUUCCGUCGAAGUCUAUUACUACCUGGUGACGUUGCUUGCAUCAGUAUCGUGACUCGAGAAACCGUGAGUACUCCUCUUUUCACUGACCACCAAAAUGUCCACUGAAUCUGCCAAAUCUCGUGAUAAAUCUCCCAUGUUACUUAGUGUAGAAAGUGCUGAUUUAGUUCGCGAAUUGGUUAGGAAACGUGGAAUAGUAAAGGGCAGACUUACUAAAUUCAAUAAUCAUUUAGAAUCUUUAUUAAAAGAUGAUGACAUCUCAAGUAAAAAACGCAUCGAUUUAAAGCUGAGGAUUCAAGCAUGUGCUAGUUUACUUGCUGAAUUUAACCACAUCCAAACUAAAAUAGAAGAAAGAGUAGCAGAUAGUGAGUUAGAUGCGCAAUUAACGCAACGUGAAAUAUUUGAAGAUGAUUACUACGACUCAAUAGCACGUGCUGAGUCUAUCCUGAACGUUGAUGAGUUCGCUGACUGCUCCGGGUCGUGUCGAAAUCAUAGUCAUAAUAGCAAUCAUAACCCUAGUUCAGUUAAAUUACCUGUUAUUUCUAUGCCUACGUUUGACGGUUCAUAUGAGCACUGGCUUGAGUUCAGAGAUACAUUUACUUCGCUUAUUCACGAUUCCAAAGAUAUUUCUACCAUUCAAAAGUUUCACUAUCUCAAAUCUUCACUAAAAGGUGAUGCAGAACUAGUUAUACAUUCAAUAGAAUUUUCUGCUAAAAAUUAUCAAGUUGCGUGGGACUUAUUACUCAAUCGAUACAAUAAUUCCGAUCUAUUAAUUGAUAAUCAUCUUGAUGCUUUGUUUUCUAUACCUCCAAUAACUAAAGAGUCCCCUUCGUUAAUUCGAAAACUAAUUGAUAAUGUGUUAAAAAAUAUACGUGCAUUAGUUAUCCUAGGGGAACCUGCUGACACUUGGGACACACUGACUAUUUAUCUUAUCGUUUCCAAGUUAGAUAAAGUUACCAAACGAGAAUGGCAAGCUCAUAAAUUUAGAUUAUCACAACUGAAUGAAAACAAUUCUAAGUCGCGAUUAACGCUUAGUGACAUUAUUGGUUUUCUUCGUAACACAGCGGACGUACUGGAUUCAUUGCAGCGUUCACAUGGCAAAGACGUACAUAACACUGAGAAUAAAAAACAACACAAAAAUCUCACAACACGUCACACUGCAAUGUUUCCAGCGAGCCUGACAAAACGAACGAUAACCGUUCUAAAUCUUGUUUAAAAUGUAACG